AUGGCGGCGGCGUGUCCGCGGUGGCGGGAGAGGCUCUUCGCGCUCUAUUUCCUCUCGCACAUCCCCAUCACGGUGCUGAUCGACCUGCAGGCGCUGCUGCCCGCCGGCCUCCACCCGCCCAGCCUGACAGAGCUGCUGCAAUGGUAUGCAGCCACCUUCAAGGACCCCAUGAUGCUGCAGCCCCCAGCAUGGUUCAAGGCCUUUAUCUAUUGUGAAGCCUUGCUCCAGCUGCCUUUCUUCCCAGUGGCAGUGUACGCCUUCCUGAAAGGUGGCUGCAAAUGGAUAAGGACUCCUGCAAUUAUCUACUCCACCCAUGUGGCUACCACUUUGUUUGCCAUCCUGGCACACAUCCUGUUCCACGACUUCUCCAAGUCGAAGCUUCUGGGGCCCGAGACCCAGCGUGAGCGCCUGGUCCUGCUGUCCAUCUACCUGCCCUACCUGCUGAUCCCGCUCCUCAUCCUCUUCACCAUGCUCUACAACCCCUACUAUAACCAGGUGGAGAAGAGGAAAAGGAAGUAGUCUGCUCCCAAACCUGUCCACCCAACACUCACACUGGUUUUGGUUCAGGCCCUGUGCUGAUGUGGUCCUCUGGGACAAACACCUGUCUCACCUUGCUGGCUGCAGCAGCUGUUUCUAGAGCACCUGGCUCCCACCAGAAGAUCAGGGUGGGUGGCAGUCCCCAGCCCUCAGUCAUCUGCAGCAGCUCUGGCAGCUCAAUCCCCUGUGGUACGUGGGCAGGUGCAGGGGAGAGGUCCUGGCUGCUCUCCCACUGCCAGUUGUGAGCAGUACCAGCACAGCUCUAAUGGGAAAUGAACUUUCAACCAUUUAAUGGGGGGUGGGAAAACAAUUACAGCUGAUACUUUUCCCAGGUGACUGUUAAAAUACCAUUUAAAUAAGAAAUUUGUCUUCCAGGAGCACAUUCUGCAAAACCCCUGAGUGAUUGUACACAGAUUUGCAAGGCUCUGCCUUUGGAGCAUUUCAAAUUAGAAUCCUUAACUCCCUCACCCCUUCCUCUACCUUCCUUUGCUCUGCUUUGAUUUUGAUUAAUUCUGAGUGGUAAGCCUGACAAAAUCUGGAUUAUUGAAAGCUUAAAGUCCACUCUGACAGUAAGGCACACACUUCCUAGAGGGCUUUGGAGCACUACAGGAGUUGUAAACAAGGAUUUGUAAACUUCUCUUCCAUGAAACCAUUCCUGCUAUGGAAAUAAAUCACUAAAGGCAUUAAACAGCAUUUAAUCUUCUUAAGGGAAAGACUCAAAGGAACUUCAAGGGACCAUGAGCUCACAGAUAGUUCCCACAGUAAAUAAAACCUACUCCUGCAAAAAAUAAACCCAACCACCCGAGAAUUUCUGACUUCUGAUCUGCAGGAAUCAAACUUGGAGCUGUGUGUGAGAUUACAAGGCUCUGAGAAGGCUUCUCAGCCCCUGCCUGU